AUGUCUAGCUCUUCCAAAGGUGAAGGUGAUGGCGUUGCGCCUCAGAACAAAGGCUCGUGGUCUACGUUUCUGAAGUCGAUAGCAUCUUUCAAUGGCGACCUCUCAUCUAUGACAGCUCCUCCGUUCAUCUUAGGCACCACAUCCCUCACAGAGUUCUCAGCGUACUGGACUGAACAUCCAUCCAUUUUCGUUGCGCCAGCUUUGGAGCAAGACCCUGCGAAGCGAGCCCUGCUAGUAUUGAAGUGGUUCCUCAGUACAUUGAAGCAAUCGUACAGCAGUAGAAAUGACAAGUUUGGGUCGGAAAAAAAGCCACUGAACCCGUUCCUAGGAGAGCUGUUCAUCGGGAAGUGGGAAGAUGCUGCAGGGACGACGCAAUUAGUAUCUGAGCAAGUCAGUCAUCACCCACCAGUGACAGCUUACUGCAUUACGAACGACAAGCACGGCGUUCAGCUUCAAGGAUACAACGCCCAAAAGGCGUCAUUUUCCCGGACAAUCCACGUCAAACAAAUCGGUCACGCCAUCUACACCCUCAAAUCCCACAACGAAACCUACCUCAUCACCCUCCCAGCCCUCCACAUCGAAGGUCUCAUCUACGGCAAACCAUUCGUCGAAUUGAACAACUGCACUUACAUCUCUUCUUCCUCCGGCUACAUGGCUAAGAUCGAUUACUCUGGCAAAGGCUGGGUUUCCGGCAAGAAGAACUCCUUCACGGCUACCCUCUACCCAACAGGUAAAGAGAAGGAGAUCUUAUACACCGUCGAAGGUCAAUGGACCGAUAGCUUCACCAUCAAGGCUGGUAGCGGUAGUGGCCUGAAGAAAGCCGAACCGAUUGAGACACACAAUGCCAAAACCACAAAAACAACACCACUGCAGGUUCCCCCUAUCGAUCAGCAGGAUCCAUACGAGUCCAACAGAGCGUGGCAGAAAGUCGCGGAAGGGAUUAUCAAGAGCGAUAUGGAUGUCGUGCAUAAUGAGAAAUCGAAGAUCGAAAUGUCGCAAAGAGAAUUGCGGAGAAAAGAGCAGGCUGAGGGGCGGGAAUGGCAGAGGAGAUUCUUCAAGCGAUCGUCGCCUCCAGAUCCGUUGUUCGAGAAAUUGGCAAAGCCCAUACCGGGUGAGAAGAUCGAAGCUGAAAAGACGGGCGGCGUGUGGAGGUUUGAUGAGUCAAAAGUGCAGGAGGGUGCCAAGGAGCCGACGCAGGCUGCUCAUCGUGAGUUGUGA